CUAGUGCCGGGACGGUACCGGUGCCUUCAAUAAUUAACCGGUGAUUGCCGGUUCUCUUUAGCCUUUUGUUAUCUUUAUUAUUAUAUUGCCAGUUGCCGUUUAAUUUCUCUUCACUUUGUUUUCUUUAUUUUUUUAUUGCAAGCUAUUGUUCUGUGGAAAGAAUCUAAAGCAAAAUCAUCUUCUCGUAGUUUUAAUUAUUUUGCUAUUGUUAAUUUGUUUUAAUUAGUUUAUUUAUGGUUUAUGGUGCAACAAAUAUUUAUAGAAGUUAGUAGCUUAGUGUUUAUAAAUAGCAUAGUUAGUAAAUACUCCGUUUAAUACAUGUAUAUGUACCCGUACGUAUUUUAUUCGGUUAAAACUUCAGUAUUCGUAUUAUUGUCAACUUGAUUCAUUUAUUACCAUUUAUUUGAUGGCUCCCGUACUAAACCCGUAUAACAUGUUUAAUAUCCAUAUUUAAUGAAUUAAAAUGUUAACUUUACUUUUAUUUUAUAUAUUUAUUUAUUUUUAAAAUAAUUAAUUUUAUAUAUUUAUGAAUAUUAACGUACUAUUAAAAAUGAAACAUUUGCUUAGGAACGAAGUAUAAUACCCGUACAUAUUUUAUACGUAAUUUUCCUGUACCGUAUUUUACUAACUAGGAUAAGGAUGUUUGUGUAUGGCUAAGGUUGUCAACCCUUUGACUUUGACCUAGUGACAAAAACGGACCGUACAUUUUCGCCGGGUUGACCCGCUGCAAGGUAUCAGAUUGGAGGUCAACGAUGUCGUUUUUUCUUUGAUUUGUGAAAUGCGCCUAUUUUUUGUUUUUUCUUUUCGCCUAAUCCAAUCUUUGGAAUUCUAAGUUGAACAUUGAUGUUUAAUAAAGUGUGUGAAUUUUCACUAUAUGUUGGAUCCAAGUACGACAUGUUAUUUUAAUGUAAUGUUAUAUAUGUCAUUACUCAUAUGUUAGAUAAGAUUUUAUAUAAUUUAUAAAUGUAUGAAUAAUAUAAUGACUUUUACCAUAUAUCCGGGCUAAACCUGGCUAAACGGUUAACACAUUAACUCUCAACCCACUUGUUCGACCGGGUUAACGAGCUAAUCUGGGGUGACUACCUUUUGUAUGGCUCAACUACCAAAUUAUAAUUAUUUAUUUUUCAUAAAUUAUUAUUAUUUAUUUUUCAUAAAUUAAAAUUAUUUUCUUAAAGUUUUCAUACAACUAUUAAAAUAUCAAUCGUAAUUUACUAUUACAUUAUUCUUAUAAAUUUUACUUGACUCACAACAUAAAUAAUACGUUUAUUACUUAAAACAUAUAUUAACUAUCUAAAUAAUAUUAUUUAUUCACAAAUGUGAUGACCGAUAUUAAUUAUGCAAUAAAGUAUGCUUAAUGGAUAAUGGUUGUCAAUUUUUUUUAACUAUUAUCCGUAUUUUUCGCUAUUUUUAGCCAUUAAGGUUAGAAUCUCCUUUUUUCAUCUUGAAAAUUGAGAAUUUUGAAAUACAUAUUGUUACAAUUACUCUACUUACACUACAUAUUCCAAAAGUACAAAUAUUUAUAGAAUGAUAACUUCGAAAUGAUUGUUAGUGGCACGAAACUGUUUGCAUAUCAUAUGCAGUGGAUCAUCUGAAUGGAGAUGAAAUAGAAACGAAUUAACACGUGGUAUCAUAAAUUAAAUCGAGUUUGAGAUAUGCUGUUAUAAUCUAACCUCUAAUGGAUAAACCUUAGGCCUUGAUUCUCUAAACGAAGACCCGAAAUUAUAAUGGCUAAAAACAACGAAAAAAUAGAGAUAAUAGUUAAAAAAAAUUGAUAACCAUAAUCCAUUAAGCAUACUUUAUUGCAUAAUCUAAUAUGGGUCAUCACAUUUGUGAACACAAAACAUUAUUUGGAUAGUUAAUAUAUGUUUUAAGUAAUAAACGUAUUAUUUAUGUUGUAAGUCAAGUAAAAUUUAUGAAAAUAAUGUAAUUUAGUAAAUUAUGAUUGAUAUUUUAAUAGUUAUAUGAAAACUUUAAGAAAUUAAUUAUAAUUUAUGAAAAAUAAACAAUUAUAAUGGCUGUUGAGCCAUACACAAACAUCUCUAAUUUAUAAAUACUAAGCCAAUAACUUCAAUAAAUAUUUGUAGCACCAUAAUUGAACUAAUUAAACCAACUUAACAAUAGCAAAAUAAUUGAAAGUACGAGGACAUGAUUUUGCUUUAGAUCCUUUCCACAGAACAAUAGCUGGCAAUAAAAAAAAUAAAGAAAACAAAGUGAAGAGAUGCUAAACGGCAACAGGCAAUAAUAUAAUAAAGAAAACAAAGUCUAAAGAGAACCGGGAAUCACCGGUUAAUUAUUGACGGCACGGGUACCGUCACGGUACUACAGAAUUCCCCGUCUUUACAUUAUUAGGUCAAAACACGGAUACAACUCAUUGCUCAGACACCACUCCUCUCACCCAAAACGAAUACACAAAACCCACCGCCGCCACCGUAUGGAACAGAGGGAAAGCCCUACUGUCGCCGGAAGGCAUGACGAAGAGCGAGACCGCAUCUCGGAAUUACCCGACGAGAUCCUCCAUGACAUCCUAUCUCGUGUAAAAUCCCAAAAAUUCGUCGGUAGCGCCACCGUCCUCAGCAAAAGAUGGGCCAAGCUCUGUUUCUCGUACCCAACCUUGGAAUUCAACGGCAACGAUUUCCGAUCCAAGGAAACCCUAAAAAGCUUCAUCGCUGCAGCCGCUAAGAGGUUAUCUUCCUCCCAACACCAAAACAACACCAAUUCCGAUCUCUUCGCCGUCACGAUUAAAUUUGACAUCAGCGGUUGGUUGGGAAACCACAACUCGGACUUCUACACCACCAUCCUCGACGAUCUGCUCGGAUCCGUCGCCGAGAAUCCGCCACAAAAGAUAUAUGUCACAGCAUCGCAUUACAGCAUCCCACGCGAGUUUCUAUUACCCGCUGGCGGCGGCCAAUUAUGUCGAAUCAAACAUCUCAGCUUGGAGAAUUGCAACUUUGACCGCUACGUUGACCUUUUCCCAGACGACAACAACAGGAGCAACCCUUUUGACUGUCUUCGCGGAUCCCUCAGAACGUUGAGCCUCAUGAACGUCAAUUUCCCCGACGGCGGCCGGAUUCUGAAUAGCAUGGUCGCCGGCGCCUCCCUCUUGGAGGAAUUGACGGUGGUGUUUUUUCGAGGGGUUAAGAGGGUUCAGGUUCGGGAUCUACCGAACCUGAAAAUUUUGAAGCUUUACACCCGUGACAAGGUGGACUUCGAUAUCGCAUGGCCCCACUGUCCAUCAAAGGAUGGCGCCAUGGCGAUUGUUUUGACGCCAGAUCUGACAAGUGUGGAAAUCGCAUCUGCACGUGCUUGUGCAUCCGCCAAAUGGAACGUUGAAGAUUUGAUAUGGGAUUCCCCACUCUUGGACUCGUCGAAAACAUCAACAAGGGAUUUCUCGAAAGUGUAUGACCUGCAGAUCGUCAAUAACGAUGAGUUAAAGGAAGUCAAAUUGAAUUCAUGGAACUAUUCGAUUAAUCUCUCUGACAUAGGUUUCCUUCCAUGGGUUAACCUAAUUCGUUUCUUCCCUACAAUCUUAAGUAAGGAUGACAAAUCCUUUGCCUUGGUGACAAUCCACAUCGCACUCUCCCGGCACCUUCUUAAUGGUUUGGGGAAGCUUCUUGCGAAGCUAAGCCAAUUCUGGUUGAGUGUACAACUCAUACAUGGGUUUCCAAAUGAUUGGGAGGAAGAUGUGGAUCAAUGUGGGGAUGUUCAGUCUCCAAUUAUUGAACAUGUGAUAGUUUCACAACGGUCUUUGUCAUCGUGCAAUAAGAAGGAAUUCUUUUUAGAUACCAUAUUCUAUUGUUGCCGCCCUAAAUUUUUAUCUUUUACUCCGAGGAUAUAUAAACUGUCAAGAGAAAAUAUGUUAUCAGUUGGUGAGUCUAUACAACAGCUCUUCAUGAAAAGAGAAUUCAAUGAUCGUUGUCAUGUCAAAUGCAAUUGCUGGCGCCAUCGAUUGGAGGAUGUCAAAAUCUUACAUAGAAGUAUAAAAGGAAGCAUUAAAGAGGACAAAGUUAUGAACAUUUCAGAUUUUAUGUUUUCAUCUCUUGGUCAACAAGAUAAAAUCUGGUUUGUUUUGAUCUGGCGUUAAAUUCUUAUGGCUUGUACGUAGCUCUACUUCUCUAGUCACGGUGAUAUUAAUUGGUGAAACUUAUUUGUUUUCUCAUGUUAAUAUUUGUCCAGUCGUUAGUGAUGUUCAUGAAGUGCUAUCUUUAGUUUUUGGCUUCACCUAUCUUGUUUGCAUCUAAGUCUUUACGAGCGAAGACCAUAAUUAUUGUGACUUUUUCUCGCUCUUAUAUGAUUUAUAUAUAAGGAUAUCUAUGACAAAAAAAAAAUGUUUAGAAGUACAUUUGAUAUAAUUGAAUAAUGCUUCAAUCAAAUACAAGACAAACUGAAUUAUCGAGCAAAUAAAUUGACCAAACCAAAGCUGUUAUCAUCCAUUUUUACUUUCUUUUUUUAUCCAUCUACCGUCCUUAAAAGCAAUUUGGUUACAUUCCAAAUUGAAGCCGGUCGAUUCAACAAAGCAUAGUGGUAAGGCAUGUCUUCGAUGUGUGCACUAAUCCUGAGCUUAUUCGAGCUGAAGGUUAGCCAUCUAGCAACAAUCAAAAGGAAGCCAUAGUAUGUUCAGAACAGAAAGGUGUUUCCUUGAAAUGUUUUCUAUACACCAAUGGCCCGUUCACUUGCCAUUCCGUUUUCUGUAGGUGCCACAACGGAAAACAUCUGAAAAUGAAAUGAGGUUGUUGUUUUCUGAGAAAUAAAACGGCUAAAUUACA